UUAAGAGCAAGUUAGCUUUUAGAAUUGAACCCUAGCUCCAACCCACGCAGGGCAGCAGAGAUGGGACUCGGGUGGGUACCAUAGCUUGGCCUCGCCCGGAACUUGCUGCUCAGGCAUGAGUGGAUGUGUUUUCGGGAAAGCAGCAUCUCCCCUGAGACUUUGAGGGCCCAGGAGAGUGGUGUGAAUACCCCACAAGUCUGGUGACAUCUCGGCAUGAAGCUCACCUACCCCUUCCUGUUUGUAACUGAAGUGAGAGAAACCUGCUGGGUGGUGGAAUAAGGCAGAACCCGAUUCCAGCUCCUCUGUUCCCGUGCUUGCUCGGGCACUCCGCGGUGGGGCCCGGCCGCUGGGGGAAUGACUGCAGCGGGAAGGUGCUAAGAGCUAUAUCGGUCCAUGGUGGCUCAGCAGACAGCAGAGCAGGAGGUGUGAGUGCGGGGCAGGGAGGCGGGGCAGGACCAGGAAGGGAGGGUGCCACUGCCCCUGGGCACUAGGCAUGGCUUUGCCUGCUUCUGUAUUUGCCCCAUUAUGGCUGGUGCAGAGGAAUGAUCCGAGCGCCCCCAGAACGGGACUGGGGAGCGGGUCUAAGGGGGCCACAGCACAGGGAUGGGCGCCUCCAUCACUCACACUGGUUCAGCACUUCCUCGGUGAGGCCCCCUGGCCCCUGCUCUUUGCCGCAGCUUGGGCGGUGGCUCCUUGAGGGCGGAGAGGGAAGCCCUUUACCUGGGGCUGCUGCCUGCCUGCGGCGCUGUGGCCAUACCAGUUUCCGUGCAGAAGGGAGGUCAUGGGCUGGGGGCGCCCUUGGGCAGCUAGUGGGGUUGGGGGUUCCGUGUUGCACCACCUGCACCCCGCCUGCGUUCUCGCUGUGAUUUCCAGGUUACCUGGAGAGAUGCCGGGGCAGGGUCCCAGAGAGUGAGUCUGGGGCUGCGAGGUGUCGGAGCCCCACUUUACCUAGUAGGGGGACGCGGAGAGGGAAGUUGACUCACAGACCGUGGAAGCAGGAGGGACCCCGCAGGACAGCGGGGGCGCGGGGCCCACGUGCAGGGUGUGGGUCGACAGGCGCUGGGGGGCGGUUCCGCGGGGCAGGCUCCGCCCCCGCUCCCCAUUUAAAGGAGGCUUCUCAGGGAGCGGCAGCACUUCAGGACCGAUCCGCGACCCAGCCAUGAGCCGCCGGGCGGGGCGUCCUCGCCUGCUCAUCCUGCUGCUCCCGCUGCUGGUGGCUGGCGCCGCCCCGCUCAGCUGGGACCUCCCGGAGCCCAGUGGCAGAGCAGCCAGCAAGAUCCGUGUGCACCCGCGGGGCAACCUCUGGGCCACGGGUCACUUCAUGGGCAAGAAGAGUCUGGAGCCCCCCAGCCCAACCCCACUGGAAUCAACCCCCCAGGUCUCCCUGAGGGACAGGCAGCUGCAGCUGAGUCCUGACCUGCUCAGGAUCCUCCUCCUCAAGAGAGUGUUGGGCCUGGGCCAUGGCAAUCCAGGGCCAAGCCCCCAGGAGGCUGCUGGGGCCAACGCUGCAGAAGUGUUGCCACUAGUGAGGAAGAUACGACAACGCCGUGGCUUAGAUUGUGCCCACCCAGGAAAGGUGCUGAAUGGGACCCUAGUAGUGGCUCCUCCUGGAUGUAAAUCCUGGGCUCAAAUUUGUUACAUCAUUACUGAGAUCUCUGGUUCAGUCACCGGGAAUACGGCUGAUGCAGACGCAAAUCAUGUUCCCAUGUAUUUCUUGUUCCUUUGUUGAAGUUGUGAAUAAAAGCCCCUCCCUUUA